AUGCUCGACAGCGCGGCUCGACACUCUGUCGGCCAGGCCAGCACGCAGAACCCGCAUUCUGCCCAAAUUUGGACGGGGACAAGCCGGCUUGGUAUCGAGAGCCCCGGGUCGGUUCGUAUCCCGGCCGGCAGAAACCAUCCCGGCUCGACCGGGUUCUCUCACGGAACCCGUGGAAUCUUGGCAGCCAGGGACCGACUGAUCGCGAGGAGACGGUCACGACAUGCCGGGUUCCCAUUGGACUCUCACAUCAACACUCAAACCCGCAUCAGUCAAGUCCCUGCCGCCCCUGGGAUCGGUAUUGAAACGGAUAUCGAUGUGUGGAAUUGCAUCUCCCCGAGCAACCUCUUUGCCGAUCCACGAGGGUCACCACGGCUGACAGGCCCCGACAACGAUGUUGACCUCUUUGCCUGCGGGUUCAGCUCUCACAUGAUAAUCGACCGGCAGGAAUCAAGCUCACCAGAGACCAACUACCAGACCACCGUUACCACACCCGACAUAUUCGGCGACCUCGCAUUCUCUGUCAUAGACCCCGACUUCUCGACCACUCACAGUUCUGCCCUUGACUGGAUCCCUCCUAGCGGUAGUAGCACGGGUGGCAGCGGCAACCCGACACCGCCCGACUGCUGCCUCACAGCCAUCCUCGAACUGCUCGCCCGUCUUUUCCCGAACCCCGCCCAUGGCUGCACGCUCACAACUGGCAACACACUCCCAACCAGUUUCCACCACAACGGUCGGGCCAUCGAAUCCGUCAUCUCCGAGAACAAACAGGUCAUCGAAACCCUCACCAGCAUCCUCGAGUGCCACUGCUCCCACGACGAAUACCUACUCUCCCUGAUGACGCUAGUCACACUAAAGGUGAUGGGAUGGUACGUAGCAGCCGCAGCCGCAGCAGCCAGCAGCACCAGCCACCACAACGACGGCGGCAGCACAACACCGCCCACGCCCUCACCAUCAACCUCCCCACCCCCUUCAUACUCCCACUCCCACUUCCAUACCCAAAACAACUCCCACCUCCACACCCAAAACCACACCCUCUUCACCCCCCCAGCGCCCACCCCAACAUCCCCGCACACCGCCCUCGCGGCCCCCGACGCCCUCGGCGAGCACGUCCUCCCCACCCCCACCCACGCCACCACCACCGCCGCCACCGCAACAUCAGUCGGCGCGUACUGCCUCGCCGGCCCUUCCACAGCAACAACAACAACAACAACAACACCGUCCGGCCCGCGGCUGGUGCUGGGCGAGCUGCACGGCGUGGGCCGGCUUGCGCAGGCGCUGGCGCAGCGGCUGGAGGGGGUGCGGGUGCGGGCGGGUGCAGGGGCGGGUUAUGGUGGGUUGGUGGGCUUUGGAGAUGGUGGCGGUGGUGGUGGGGGGGAGUAUGGGUCGGGGGGUGUGGAUGUUGGUGGUAGUGGUGGUGGUGGGUUGGGUCGGGAGCCGCCGUUGUCGGUGUCGACUUUGUUUCAGUUGGAGGAGGAUUUGAGGAGGCGGAUGGGGGUGUUGAUGAGGGAGGUUGUGGGGAGAGUUGGGGGGUGUUGAAUGAGUUAUGGAUGGGAUCAAAUAAGAAGUUGUGGGUUUCCUGGCCGGGUGUGGGCUUCUUGCUGUUCUUGUGGUAUGGUCUCGUGUUCGUGGUUUUGGCUCAUGAGAGAGAGUUGGUUCAAGGAUGGGUUGUGUGUUUGGGUGGACUGGUUGGCUCAUGUUGUUCUUCGUAUAUCUUACACAAUAACCAUACCAAUCUUUAUGGGUUUUCUUGUU